ACAAUGAUAUCUCAGCAAAGACUUAGAUUCUGCUUAGAAAGUUCUUGCUUUUGUUUCACUAACUAUAAAUGCAUGCUUUGAUCCUAAUCUCUCUCUCAAACAUGAACCACUUUUCAGGAACACAUUGAGAUUUUGAAGAAAGGGAUGGGCAAUAGCAUGGUGACUUACACCAAAUACAAAAGCUUCUUGUUCUUUAUCAAAAAGUACAAGGAAACUCAGCAUGUUCCACCUCAUGACCUCAAGGAUGCAUUCUCCGAGUUCGCCAGAGGAGCCUCCCACAUGUCUGCGGAGCAGCUCCUCCGGUUCUUGGUGGAGCACCAAGGCGAACAAGGCUGCACCUUAUCCGAUUCGGAGAAAAUCCUUGAGAAAAUUUUAAGAUUGAAAAGGCUGCCGCCGACGCAGGAGGAGGAGGAAGAAGAGUUACUAGAAAGUGUUGAUGUUGAUAAUCAACAAAGAAAGCAAGAGAUAACACUUGAUGACUUGUUCCAUUUCUUGCUUCUUGAUGAAUCCAAUGGACCCUUGAAAGCCGAGGCACACCAUGAUAUGAGUGCUCCAUUGUCUCAUUAUUUCAUAUACUCAGGACACAAUUCCUACCUAACAGGGAAUCAAAUAAGCAGUGAUUGCAGUGAAGAACCAAUCAUAAUGGCCUUGAAGCGCGGCGUGCGAGUAAUUGAGCUAGAUUUAUGGCCAACUGCAAAUAAAGAUGACAUCAAAGUAGAUCAUGGAUGGACACUUACUAAUCCUGUUUCAGCUAUCAAAUGCCUUGAAUCCAUAAAGGAAUAUGCUUUUUUUGCAUCUGAGUAUCCAGUGAUCAUAACUAUAGAAGAUCAUUUAACAAAAGAUCUUAGAGAUAAAUUUGCAGAGAUGGCAACUCAGAUUUUUGGAGAAGUGCUUUUCAAACCUGAAACAGGUUGUUUGAAAGAAUUUCCUUCACCGGAAUCACUGAAAAACAGGAUAGUUAUAUCCACCAAGCCUCCAAAAGAAAGCUUCGAGGCGAAUCGAAUCAAGGACAAUGGAAACUCUUCUCCUAUGCAGAAUGGAAGUGAUUCAUCUGAGGAAGAAACAUGGGGAAAGGAUUCCCCAGAUUCCAUGCAAAAUGAAAGUGAUGGUGAUAAUGAAGGAUGUAACAAUUCGUGUGAAUGUGACAAGAAAUCAUACCAACAAUUUUCACCUGAUUACAAAAGCUUAAUCACAAUUCAGAAUAGAAAAUUAAAGGGUAGUUUGAAGGAUAAACUGAACCCUGAUGGUGAUCUUAGACGCCUUAGUUGGAGUGAGAAGACCCUUCUAAAGGCCUUAGAAUCUCAUGGAACAGACAUUGUUAGGUUCACCCAGAAAAAUAUAUUAAGGGUAUAUCCAAGCGCGAUGCGAGUCAAAUCCACAAAUUUUAAACCACAUAUUGGGUGGAUUUAUGGAGCUCAAAUGGUUGCAUUCAAUAUGCAGGGGCAUGGAAAACAACUAUGGUUGAUGCAAGGGAUGUUCAGAGCAAAUGGAGGAUGUGGUUAUGUGAAAAAGCCUCAAAUUCUAAUGCAGAGACAUCAGUGUGACAAUGAUUAUGAUCCUAAAGUUAAAAUGCCAGUGAAGAAGACAUUGAAGGUAAAAGUGUACCUGGGGAAUGGAUGGAACUUAGAUUUCAGUCCUACACACUUUGAUAAGUGUUCUCCCCCUGAUUUUUUUGUAAAGAUUUGUACGGUUGGAGUUGGAGCUGAUUGUUGGAAGAAGAAAACAAAGGUAAUAAUGGACAAGUGGUUCCCUGUUUGGGAAGAAGAGUUUGAAUUCCCAUUAACGGUUCCAGAGCUUGCUUUGCUGAGAAUACAAGUGAAAGACAAAGAUCAAGGCAAAGAUGAUUUUGCUGGCCAAACAUGCUUGCCAGUUUCAGAGCUUAAGCUUGGAUUUCGUUCUCUUCCUUUGUAUGACACAAAGGGAGACAAGUUCAACCAUGUAAAGUUGUUAAUGCGCUUUCAAUUUCAAUGAAUUGUAUACAUAUAUAUUAAUCAAUCAUUUUCAUUGGGUAA